AUGUCAUAUGUAUAUGAUCCAACAAAACCUGUUACUUCUAGUCCUAGUAUUGCAUCCAUAUUAAGACCAUCCAGACAAAUUCUUUACUGGAGUAACAAUUCAACUGCAACCAUUUUGUAUGUUGCAACAUCAAUUAAAAAUAAGAUUAAAUUAAAUGGUAAGUUAGCUGGAACUGGAUUGAGGGAAAUUGAACAGGGCUUAGCAUUAAAUUUUUUUGGGAGUGAAGGAAGGGUAGAAAAAGAUAUGACUAUCAUUUGGAAUGCAAAUUUAAUUUUAUAUGAAGUAAAUGUAUUGGGAAAAUUUGUGAAAAAUACUGAUGUAUUGUUUCCAGGAGUUUCAGCAAAAAGAACACUUGCAGAGAUGGAAGAAGUUAUCGAAUAUGUAUUUGAUGCAAAAAUUUGUAGAUUUGAAGAAGUGACACAUAUUCGAGGUCCACAACUUGUAAAUAAUAAACUUGGUCCUAACAACUCUCAUGAACCCUUUGCAUUCUUGGAAAAUAAAGGAAAGCCUGAUGAAAUAUAUCACCAUGUAGAUUGUUGUCUUCUUGUAGAUACAAAGGGUGCAUGUGAAAAUUGUAAAAAGUUAAAGAAAACUAUGUUAAAAAUACAUGAUAGAUCUCUUGCUGGUACAAAAUCUGCUAUUAAAAAAUCCAAUAAAAUUAUAGAAACAUUGCAAGAUCAUCUGAAAAAGAAAGUGGAGGAUGAAGAAGAGGGAGUGUCAGAAGAAAUGGCAAAUAUUGUUGAAAAAGUUGCCACAGAUAUUUCAAACAGUACAACAGAUAUUUCAUCGCUUAAUCCCAUUUUUCAAGAACUUAUUCGUAUACAAUGUGGGAAAUCAAAAGGAACAAGAUAUCACCCUAUCCAUGGAGGUAAUGCAGCUUAUAGUACUUUGAAGGGGAUAAUGUGUCUGCCAUCAGUUUCAACCCUCAAGAGCUAUAUAAAUGAAUGUGAACAAAAGUCUGGUUGGCAAGAUAAGACAGCAUAUCAAAUGCUAUGUAGUUUAUCAUUAGAAAAUGUAUGGGGUUAUGGCCAAUAUGGAUUUUUUUCUCAUGAUUCUUUCAAAAUCCAAAAAG